AUGAUUUCCUCCCGGCGCGCAAUCCCCUUCCUCGGCCUAGCCUUCCUCUGCAUCUUCCUCUAUACCGUCCGGAGUCUCUCGCGAGAAUGGCAGUAUAUGCCCCAGAAGGUUGGCCUGGGCGAGCUCGUCAAUCCCGCCUCCGGACGCUGGAAUAUUAGCUCCCCAGAUGACCACCUCGUCCGACAACCGUACGCCCCGCGACCGCACUACAUCCCCGGCGUGCCCAAACCCCCCGGGGUGCCCUACUCCAAGAUGCUGGUCGUCCCGAAGACCCAAGAGGAGGAUGUGUCGUGGAUGGGUGACGGCAUCCCCGGAUGGCAGUCCGCCGUCUACGUCGUCGACGAUCCGGCCGCCCCGCUGCACCCGCCCAAAAAUAAAGGCCACGAAGUCAUGGUCUACCUCAGCUACAUCAUCGAGCACUACGACCGCCUCCCCGACAUCAUCGCCUUCAUGCAUUCCCACCAGUUCGCCUGGCACAAUGACGACCUGUUCAACGGUGACGCCGCCGACAUGCUAGCCCGCCUCAACCCCGCCCGCAUCGUGCGCGAGGGCUACAUGAACCUGCGCUGCAGUUGGGGGCCCGGCUGCCCCGACUGGCUGCACCCGGGCGCCAUGGAGGAGAACGAAUCCAAGCAGGAGGAGACCAUGCUGGCUCGCUCCUGGGGCGAGAUCUUCCCCGACGACCCCAUCCCCGAUGUCCUGGCCCAGCCCUGCUGCGCCCAAUUCGCCGUCUCGCGCGAGCGCAUCCUCUCCAUCCCCAAGGCUCGCUUCGUCUACUACCGCGACUGGGUCCUCCGCACCGAGCUGAGCGACUACAUCUCCGGCCGCGUCUGGGAGUACCUGUGGCAUGUCGUCUUCACGGGCGAGAACGUCGUCUGCCCCAAGGAGCACGUCUGCUACUGCGACGCCUACGGUAUCUGCUUCGGCGGCGAGAACGAGUACCACGACUUCCGCGGCCUCGGCGACCGCCGCAACGAGAUCGAGGACCAGCUCAAGGACUGGCGCACCGACGCCGAGCUCAUCGAGAUCGAACGCAUGAACGGCGAUCUGGGCGAGAUGAGCGAACUCCGGAUCCCCGAGCCGGGGCAGGACGUCGAGCUCGAGAAGCAGAUCCUCGCUGGCUUGGUAGAAGCCGCGACGGCUGCGGCCGGCCAGGAUGUCUCGGAGUGGGCGGCUGCCGCGGCGGUCGCCGCGGCCGCAGGCGCGACAGGACACCAGCAUCAUCUGGAUGGAUACGGGCCGGAGAUACACAUCGACGAUGACGGGUUCGGGGACGCGAACUUUGGGACCAGUAUGGGUGCUGGGAGACAGUUGCGGGGACCGGGUUCUGAGCAGACGGGUCAGUCGACCGGGUUAACGCGGACGGCUACGAAGAAAAGAAAGAGGAAUGAGGAGCCGCUGGACCCGGCGCUGACGGCUGGUUCCUCGGGUGCGGGUCUUGCGGGGACGCCGUCGCAGCACCAGCACCAACAACAGCAACAACAUCAGCAGCAGCAUUCUCACCACUAUGGCGGAGAUGGGUUGGAGAUUCGGGCUGCCCCGAUCCAGACGCUGGCUGACGCACGCUCUAUUGGCUUGCAUUCGGCUGCGGCGCUCUUCCGACAGCCGUCUAGCAAUAAGGGGUCUGCGGCGAACAAGAAAUGCACCCGUCCUCCUAUGUCGAAGCUCUUUUCCUCGCUGGAGCUGUCGCCGGAGAACUUCCUCCACUUGCAGGCUGCUGCUAAGGGCUACAUGCUCGAUGACAAGUACCCGGAGCGGCGGGAAUGCGUCGGCCAGCGAGGCAAGGGCGACACGGAGAUGGUCAAGCUCCGGCUGUGGAACUGCGUGCGCCAAUUCCUCGAAGGCGAGGGCCACGGCGAGCGCUUCUUCGGAGAGAACGUCGUCAACGAGGGCAUGGGUCCGAGGACUUAUAUCUGGCCGCGGGACCAGCAGAAGAUCAUCACCCUGGUGAUACCCCUACUGCGACGGAUGGUGACCAACGAGCGCCAACGGCAGUACGCCGUCGAGACGAGAAAGGGCGGCGGCGAGGAGCGACGACGACGCAAGACCGAAGACAGUCUUCCGAAUUUCAACAGCCCGAGUACAUCGCGCUUUGGCGGCGACGACCAUCUGCAGAUACACACGCAGCACGAUCUGCAUGAUGAGUACCCGCCCAGCCAGCCGCCCAUGUCGGCCUCGUCCUACACUCAGAUGGAGCCCCCUUCACACCACCCACUGGAGGUGGGAUUGACGGACCUCCUGCUCCAGGGGUAUCCCACCGACUGGAACACGGUGUCCAAGUCGUACGACUUUUACAAUCAGAACUACGAGCUGGACCACCUGUGGCAGCUGUCUGGUCUGCAGCCACCGGACUGGCGCGGGCUCGUCGCCGCCGUGGACAGCCAUUAUCAGGUCUACCAUCAUGGCGGCGCCGACUGUCCCACGCCGUGCGAGGACGACAAUGUCGGCCGCAUCUUGGAUUCCCACGCCACGGCUGAUUUACGGUGGAGGAUUGGGGGGUCUAAUCGGCCAACCCGAAACGAAUUUGCGAGCAGCGUCAUCCGCGACAUCUCGCGCAUCAUCCGCGAUAGCCUGUCCACCCCCAAAGACGAAGUCUCCUCAUCAACCCAUAACCUUUCCCAUCCCCAGUCUUUCCCACCCCUCCCCCCAAACCCCGCCACCUCCACCUCUAACGCCAACACCUCCAACACCAACAACAAUACGUACCCCAUCUCCCUCCGCCUCAACAUCCUCCAAAACGGCAAACGCACCCUCCCCCGCUUCGACCUCCCCGCAGGCCACUGCCCCGACCUCGAAACAACGCGCCAGCUCAUCGCCCGCCGCUUCGGCGGCCAAUUACCCGGCCUUCCCCCUCCCCCUCCUUCAUCCGACUCGUCUUCCGCCCUCGACCCAGCAACAUGGGCGUCUUCCACCCCGCCGUGGAAAUUCAAGGUGUGGCUGCCGGACGGGCUUACGACGGUGCAUAACGAUGGCGAGUGGACUAUUGCGCUGCUGUCGGCUAGUAGUGUUGAUUGGAUGGAUGGGGAUUUGAGGGUUUUGGUGGAGGUUGGGGAGGAGGUUUAG